AGACAGAAGACGUUAUACGCAGGAAAUGCCAAGUCGAAAGAAAUUUGGGUCAUGUACUAUUCAACCGCGGGCUUGAACAGUCAACGUCUUCCGCCUGAUAAUUGCCCGUUUAUGACUCUAGCGCUCUCUCUCUCUCUCUGGUUAAACUACUGAGGAUUUGAUCAAUUCGAUCUGGUUAGCGAUCGCUCAAUUGCGAAGAAGUUCAUAUAAAGCGAGAAAGAGAAUCGGAAGUUUUGGAAUCAAGGAAACAUGUCGAUGUCCGACUCCGAUACGUCGUCGCAGGGCAGCGAAUACAAAUGUUUCCGGCAAAUUACACGGGACAGAUUAUUAUAUGAAAUGCUUAGAUCGGCCAGGUCAAAGGAUUCAAAAUCAACAUGGAAGGUACUGAUCAUGGACAAACUAACAGUCAAAAUAAUUUCAUAUGCAUGCAAGAUGGCAGAUAUCACAGAAGAAGGAGUUUCCUUGGUGGAAGAUAUUUACAGGCGACGCCAGCCACUUCCCACGAUGGAUGCCAUAUACUUCAUCCAGCCCACAAAAGAGAAUGUUGUAAUGUUUCUCUCCGACAUGGCUGGGAAAUCACCUUUGUACAAGAAGGCAUUUGUUUUCUUUAGUUCACCUAUUACAAAGGAAUUGGUUAAUCACAUAAAGAGGGACACUAGCGUUCUGUCUCGCAUUGGUGCCUUGAGAGAGAUGAAUCUGGAAUAUUUUGCAAUAGACAGCCAGGGUUUUGUAACUGAUAACGAGAGGGCAUUAGAGGAACUUUUUGGAGAUGAUGAGGGUUCUCUUAAGGGUGAUGCAUGUUUGCGUCUGAUGGCCAACCGCAUUGCUACAGUUUUUGCCUCAUUGAGGGAGUUUCCCUUUGUUCGCUACCGUGCUAUCAAAUCCCAUGAUCCAACCACCAUGACUACAUUUCGUGAUUUAAUUCCUACAAA